UUUUGCACCGAAGCAAUAUUUUGAGAUUUUUCCCUAUUCCAUCCAGCAGCUGCUACAAAAUUCUUUGUUUCAAAACGGGAAAUAAAGGACACAAUGGCGUCCGUAGGUAAGGGUCUGAGUUUGAGAGCGCAUAAUAUAUUAAAGAAGUCAGCAGUUUUAUAUCACUACCCAUGUCCAGACGGUGCUUUUGCUGCUUUGGCAGCUCAUCUUUACUUCUCUGCAACUUCUCUUCCAGUCCUCUUCUUUCCCAACACUGUCUACAAUCCCAUCAAAUCAGACCACCUUCCACUCCAUGAAAUAAGUCACCUGUAUCUUCUUGAUUUUGCUGGGCCUUCUGGUUUUGUAGACUCAGUCUCCUCCAAAGUCGACAGUGUGAUUAUAUUGGAUCACCAUAAAACGGCAAUGGAGAUGUUAGGUGGUUGUGGCAGUAAUUUAAUUGUUAGUGGUAACGUAAGUAAAAUGAUAGAUAUGGAAAGAAGUGGUGCUACCAUUGCUUUUGAUUAUUUCAAGGAAAAGCUUUUAGAGUUAGAGACAACUGCUAACCUGAAUCGCUUUCUGAGUGAAUUUAAUCGUCUUAGGCCACUUUUUGAUUACAUAGAAGAUCGAGAUCUUUGGAGGUGGAGACUACCAAAUAGCAAAGCUUUUGGUAGUGGGUUGGAAGAUUUAAACUUUGAUUUUAAUGUCCUAUCAGAGCCUUCCUUGUUUGACCAGUUACUUUCUUUGGAUCUGGAGUCAGUCAUUAGUCAAGGGAUGGUGAGCUUAUCAGUCAAGCAAAAGUUGAUAGAUGAGACCCUGGAUCAGUCAUAUGAAAUUGCACUUGGAGGUGGAGCUUUUGGACAUUGCCUGGCUAUUAAAGCAGAUUCCGUGUCAGAAUUGAGGAGUGAUUUGGGGCACCAGUUGGCUACCAAAAGCCAUGAUCUAAAGUUGAGGGCAAUUGGAGCUGUUGUAUAUAGAGUUCCUGAGCUUGCGAAUGACCAGUUGUUGAAAAUUAGCUUGAGGAGUUUACCUGGUGAAGACACAACACACAUUUCCCAGGAAUAUGGUGGUGGUGGUCAUCAAAAUGCCAGUUCUUUCAUGAUAACUUUUGCAGAAUUUGAGAAAUGGAAAGUGGGUCAAAAUGCUUGAUGCAAUUUGUGGCUACCAGGUGCCAGAAUCUGCUUUCAGGACAAGUUUUGUUCUCUGCUCAUUAUCAAGAAUGUAUAUUUUAUGGUUAUCUGCUAUACUUUGUAUAACACUGAGGAAGUAUUCCAUUUAGGUAAGCCAACAGAUAUUCGAUAAUACGAUUAUUGGUAGGUGUUAUAUUAAUUUUUUAAAUUCUGUAUUUAAUAGAUUGAUUUUUAAGCCUUUUGUUAA